CCAUGUAACAACAAUAAACUACAGUACCACAAAAGUUAAUCUUGCUUUAUUUGGGCUCUUUAUUACACAGGGUGACAUUAAUAUCUGUUUCUUUUUUUUUGUUGGUGAUGCAAAAUCUAUAAAUGUCAGCACUGGCUGUUGGUCUACAAUAAGGUACACAUGAUUGCACCCAGAGGUUUAUUUCUGUACAACAGCAUGCCAUGCACAAACAAGUGGCCAGAGCAGGGCCGGGCUCUGUUACAGCUCUUGUUCUUAGUGGCAUCAUUCUCUCAGGCCUUUGGGACAGUUUGCAGCCAAAGAGGUGAUCCUGACAAACCUCAGCUUUCUAAAGAGGGUGACAUCAUGUUAGGAGGAAUUUUCUCCUUCCACAGCAGCUGGAAAGACAGAGAGGAAACCUACACACAUAAACCACUGCCACUGGAAUGUAUCAGUUUGAAUUUCAGAGAGUUCCAGUUUGCUCAGGCUUUGCUUUUUACCAUUGAGGAGAUCAAUAACAGCACAGAGUUAUUACCUGGAAUCUCUCUGGGAUACAAGAUGUAUGACACCUGUGGCUCCAUUGUCAAAAGUGUGAAGGCUGUUCUGGCCUUGAUUAAUGGUAAUGAAGUUGUGUCUGCAUCAGAGGGUCCAUGUACUAAACCUGCACAAGUGCAAGCAAUAAUAGGAGAGACCUCGUCCUCGCUUUGCUUGGCUGCAGCUACUGUCAUUGGACCCUUUCACGUCCCAUUGAUCAGCCACUUUGCCACCUGUGCUUGUCUCAGUGAUAAAUCCAAGUACCCAUCCUUCCUCAGAACAAUACCCAGUGACUACUAUCAGAGCAGAGCUCUGGCCCAGCUGGUCAAACACUUUGGUUGGACUUGGGUUGGAGCUAUUAGAAGUAAUAAUGAUUAUGGAAAUAAUGGCAUGGCAACCUUCACAGAAACAGCUCAGCAGCUGGGAAUCUGUCUGGAGUAUUCUGUAGCUUUCUUCAGGACAGACCCACCAAACAAGAUACAAAAGAUUAUUGAAAUUAUCAAACGUUCAACCUCUAAGGUGAUUGUUGCUUUUCUUCAUUUCCCAGACAUGGAUGUACUAAUUUAUAAGUUGUCAGAACACAACAUGACAGGUUACCAGUGGGUUGGUAGUGAAGGCUGGAUCAUUGAUUCCCAAAUUUCAGAAAUGGACAAAUAUCACAUUCUGGAUGGUGCCAUAGGUCUGUCUAUCCCCAAAGCACAUGUUAGAGGAAUGAGAGAGUUUAUAUUAGACGUAAAAUCUCUAAAUACACUGGAUGAUAAGAUGUUUGCAGAAUUUUGGGAAACAUUAUUUAACUGUAAGUUUAAGUCAUCAAAAACAACAGAACACAGUCAGAGAGAAUGUACUGGACUUGAAGAUCUGAGUGGUUUACAACACAGAAAUACUGAUAUGUCCCUUAUGCCCAUAUUCAACAAUGUCUAUAAAGGAGUGUAUGCUGUGGCCCAUGCACUUCAUAGAAUAUUUGACUGUAAUGAAACAUGUGACACGAAUGUGCAGCUGCAUCCAUUCAUGAUUCUACAGCACAUCAGAAAUGUUCAUUUUAUGACAAAGGAAGUAGAUGAAGUUUACUUCAAUGAGGAUGGAGACCCACCGGCAAAAUAUGAAAUUAUAAACUGGCAGCCAACAGAAAAUGGUGUUGUAGACUUUGUCACAGUCGGUCUCUAUGAUGCAUCUUUAUCUGAAGACAAACAGCUGAAUCUACAAAAUAAGACUUUAACCUGGGCACAGAGUUCAACACAGGUUCCUGUGUCAGUUUGCAGUGGGACAUGUUCCCCUGGAACUCGUAAGGUUCUCCAAAAAGGAAAGCCUGUCUGCUGCUAUGACUGUAUAAAAUGUGCAGAGGGAGAAAUAAGCAACGUUACAGAUUCUGUCAGCUGUGUUCAAUGUCCACCUGAAUUUUGGUCAAACAACAGAAGAAAUGUGUGUGUAAAAAAGGAGGCGGAGUUUCUAUCCUAUGAAGAAAUGAUGGGAGCACUGCUCACUGCAGCAUCUUUAUGUGGAACAUGCCUGACUGCUGUUGUGGCCUUCAUUUUCUUCACAUACAGGAAAACUCCUAUUGUCAGGGCCAACAACUCUGAGCUGAGCUUCCUGCUGCUCUUCUCCUUGACUCUGUGCUUCCUGUGUUCCCUGACCUUCAUGGGUCGACCCUCUGAGUGGUCCUGCAUGCUGAGACACACAGCAUUUGGCAUCACCUUUGUCCUCUGUAUGUCUUGUGUUCUGGGGAAAACUGUGGUGGUGUUAAUGGCCUUCAGAGCUUCACUUCCAGGCAGUAAUGUGAUGAAGUGGUUUGGACCAACACAGCAGAGACUCAGUGUUCUGGUCUUCACUCUCAUACAGGUUGUAAUAUGUGUAUUGUGGUUAACGAUUUCUCCUCCUUUUCCAUUUAAGAACUUGAAGGUAGUCAAAGACAGAAUCAUCUUAGAAUGUGCUCUUGGCUCAGCUGUAGGAUUCUGGGCUGUCCUUGGCUACAUAGGUUUUCUGUCUCUGCUCUGUUUUGUUCUUGCUUUUCUAGCUCGGAAACUGCCUGAUAACUUCAAUGAGGCCAAGUUCAUCACCUUCAGCAUGUUGAUAUUCUGUGCAGUGUGGCUCACUUUUAUUCCAGCUUAUGUCAGCUCUCCUGGAAAGUUCAGUGUUGCUGUAGAGAUAUUUGCUAUAUUAGCUUCCAGUUUUGGACUGUUAUUAUGUAUAUUCAUUCCAAAAUGUUACAUUAUGUUAUUAAGACCGGAGAAGAAUACAAAGAAAAAUAUAAUGGGGAAGGUACCAACAAAGAACUUCUGA